ACUGUUUUUCACCCCCUCUUUUCGUCUUUGAGGAUGAGAAACUAAAACGUGAUGAAGUGAAGUCGUAUCGGAUUUUCUUCCUUUUAUCUUCUUCUUCGUUGUAACAAGUUGCAAUCUCGCGAGGAAACACUUUUUGGAACAUUUGCGAGUGGGGGCUCCUAAAUUGCUGUUUUUACACAUUCCGUGGACGAAAGGAGUUUUAUUUUUAUCCACCUAACAUACGCCGGGUCGAAAUUAUUAUUUUUUUUCCUCCUCCUGUCGCAGCCUGCUCGAUCAACGUGACUGAGGGUGGGAAAUAAAAGUCCCCCCCCCUCUCCCCACCCCCCCCCCCCGAAAAUUUCAGCGCACGCAGCUUCAAGUGAACUCUCGAAUCUCGAUUAACUUUUGACGAUUUCUUUCUCUGAACAGAGCUCAAAGAGAACCCCCCCCUCCCGAUCCCACCCCCACCUGCCCCCGCAACCAACCUGGUCAGGUGGGAGACGUUAUUGGAAAUGUGAGUCCAAAGAGGAGGACCGGUGCGCACCAGACGGAGCCACAGAGGGCUGCAACGCGCAUUAAAAAAAGGAAAGAAGGAAGAACAAAAAAACAUCCUCCAGCCGGGCUUGGGAGCGUGUUCACGGCGACACUUGGGUGAUUUUUUUUUGGGGGGGGUGGGGGCGAAAAAUGACUUUACAUGGACCGAUGGUGGCCAGAGGAUACUGAUUCUUGAUGAUGCGCACCGAGGUGGACCCCCGAGGCUGGAUUGUUCGGUAAUUCCUGGACAUCCUCUUCGCUUUUAUGACAGUCAAGAGCCGGGCUGAGUUGCCAUGACGAGCGAGGAGUGUCCUGUGCCGCUGGGGGGCAUUUCCUCGGCCGUGCCAGGGCAUCGCGAGGAGUAUGGCUCAGCGCAGGCUGAUGACAUCAUCGAGGAAGUGGGUCCAGGUGACGACGCCAGCAUCGGAAGUGACCUGAGCACGCUUGUGGUGCCCUUCCCCGAGCUGGCGCCCGUGGUCUUCUUCUGCCUCAAGCAGACCACCUGCCCCCGCAGCUGGUGCAUCCGUAUGGUUUCCAGUCCAUGGUUCGAGAGGAUUAGCAUCAUGGUCAUCUUGCUCAACUGUGUGACACUCGGAAUGUACCAACCCUGCGAGAACAUCGACUGCACUUCGGACCGCUGCCAGAUCCUUCAGGCCUUUGAUGCCUUCAUCUACAUCUUUUUUGCACUGGAGAUGGUGGUGAAGAUGGUGGCCCUUGGGAUCUUUGGUCGUCACUGUUACCUGGGAGAUACUUGGAACAGGCUGGACUUCUUCAUUGUCAUGGCAGGCAUGGUGGAAUACUCUCUGGACCUGCAGAACAUCAACCUGUCAGCCAUUAGGACGGUGCGAGUCCUUCGUCCCCUGAAAGCCAUCAACAGAGUGCCAAGUAUGCGUAUCCUGGUGAACCUGCUGCUGGACACUCUACCCAUGCUGGGCAACGUUCUCCUGCUCUGUUUCUUUGUCUUUUUCAUCUUUGGAAUCAUUGGCGUGCAGCUGUGGGCGGGGCUGCUUCGCAACCGCUGUUAUCUGGAGGAGAACUUCACCCUCUCUUCAGGAAUGACCCCGCCACCCCCGUACUACCGACCCGAGGAGGAUGAUGAGCGCCCUUUCAUCUGCUCACUGGCAUCUGACAACGGCAUCAUGUCAUGUUUCGACGUUCCCGCGAGGAGACAAGGAGGCCAGACAUGCUGCCUGGAUAAGGAAGACGCGCUCCACAGACAAGCUCUGGGUCUCAAUCCUGAGCCGAUGGUGAACGGCAGCGGCGCCGGCGACGCCACGGGCCUGUGCAUCAAUUGGCACCAGUAUUACACCCGCUGCCACACGGGGAGCACCAACCCCCACAAAGGUGCCAUCAACUUCGACAACAUUGUCUAUGCCUGGAUUGUCAUUUUUCAGGUGAUCACUCUGGAAGGCUGGGUAGAGAUAAUGUAUUACGUAAUGGAUGCCCACUCCUUCUACAACUUCAUCUACUUCAUUUUACUCAUCAUUAUCGGUUCCUUCUUCAUGAUCAACCUUUGCCUAGUGGUCAUCGCCACUCAAUUUUCAGAGACCAAACAGCGGGAGCACCAGCUGAUGCAGGAGCAGAGGGCACAGUGCCUAUCCUCGUCCACCCUGGCCAGCAUGGCAGAGCCGGGAGAUUGCUACGAGGAAAUUUUCCAGCUGGUCUGCCACAUUCUGCGCAAGGCCAAGAGAAGAUCAGCGGCUCUCUACUACACACUGAGGGGCAAGCCCACGCCUGCUUGUGGAGGACGGGGCAACAGGCGGGGUGGAAUCAAUCAGAAUGGAGAGAGGCGUCACCCGAGGCAUCCGAAAUUCUCCCACUGUCCACACCAAAGCAAGCAAGACCACGAGUUCCAGCAACUCGACAGCUCCGUCAGCCUGGCCGUGCCUCAGAAUCCGCAGGACUGCCCCUUGUGCGCUUUAGCAUUGGAAGAAGGCCCGAGGACCGCGGGAAAUGCCGCCAGCGGAGAGGACGACGAGGGGGAUGCCGUGGAGGAGACGGACAAGGAAGAGAACCACUUGGAGGAGAGGGGUGAUGUCGGUGAAGGGAAGAAGAUAAAGAAAAGAAGCUGUUUUGGGCGCUGUAAGGACGUGUGGGAUGAAAUGAGGAGAAAACUGUGGGGCAUCGUGGAGAGCAAGUACUUCAGUCGGGGCAUUAUGAUUGCUAUUCUCAUCAACACCAUCAGUAUGGGCAUCGAACAUCACAAUCAGCCAGAAGAGCUCACCAACGUGCUGGAGAUCUGCAAUAUUGUUUUCACCAGCAUGUUCACCCUGGAGAUGAUCCUCAAGCUGACGGCCUUCGGCUUCUUUGAUUACCUGAGGAACCCCUACAACAUCUUUGACGGCAUCAUCGUCAUCAUCAGCGUGUGUGAGAUUAUCGGGCAAGCGGAUGGCGGCUUGUCAGUGCUGAGGACCUUCAGGCUGUUGCGGGUCAUUAAGCUGGUCCGGUUCAUGCCGGCGCUCAGGCGUCAGUUGGUGGUCCUGAUGAAGACGAUGGACAACGUGGCAACCUUCUGUAUGCUGCUCAUGCUCUUCAUCUUCAUCUUCAGUAUCCUGGGGAUGCACAUCUUCGGUUGCAAGUUCAGUCUGAAGACAGAUGCAGGCGACACCGUGCCUGACAGGAAAAACUUUGAUUCCCUCCUCUGGGCCAUCGUCACUGUUUUUCAGAUUCUGACUCAGGAGGACUGGAAUAUGGUGUUGUACAACGGCAUGGCUUCCACCUCCCCCUGCGCUGCCCUCUACUUUGUGGCGUUGAUGACAUUUGGAAACUAUGUGCUCUUCAAUUUAUUGGUGGCCAUCUUGGUUGAGGGUUUUCAAGCGGAGGGAGAUGCAAAUCGCUCUUACUCCGAUGAUGACAGGUCUUCCUGCAAUUUUGAGGACAACGAUAAGCAAAAGGACUCGCCUCAUCUUUCAGACCCAAAGAGCUGCACGCUGACCCCUAAUGGCCACUUGGACUUGGGCCCGCUGUCUGCCAGCCUAUUUCCUGGAGAGAGGCUGAGCUUUGCUCUUGGGUCGAGGAAAAACAGUGUAAUUUCUCUUGGCAGGGCCAACUUGGAGCAGAAAGGCGUGUAUCCAGGUCGCGGUUACCACAACUGGGGUCGCCCACUGCCCUGCCACCAUCAGGCCCCUUGGGCUCGUCGCUCCAGUUGGAACAGCCUGAUCGGAGCCCGCCCCUGCUCCUCUUCAUCUCCUUCGACGAGCCCGGCCUUCACCUCCACCUCGGCCAGGCCUUUCUAUGGCUACGGCUUAGGAGGAAGCCUUCGGAUCCGAGGUCCCCGUGCCUCCUCGUCCCCGCUCCGCCACCUCCACAGCGUCCAACCAGAUGAGGAAGAAAGUCUUCUCUCGCCUCCCGCUGUUGCUUCUCACACGCGUCAUCUUCACCAUCCUAUUCUCCAGGGACAUUUGAUACCCAGGAGGGACCGUCGGGCUCUCUCUCUCGAGCUUCCCCAAUUGCUACAGGUCCCGGGAGCCCCAUAUCAUCCUCCGUUGCCACAUCGCUCUGCGUCCCCCGUGGCACUGCACGCUCACCAGAGGAAGAGCUUCCCCGGAGGGAUGGUCAUCGGUGGCGGCGGUGCCUUUGAGAGUCUGAGCGUCAUCGGAGGAGUGUACCAAGACUGUAAUGGCAAGACUCCUCUGGCACAGCUUCUUCACCCACCUCCUAAACACCUGCCGGAGCAGGCUAGUAGGACAAACAACCAAAGGCUGAUUUCAGAAGUUUUUCCUCAGGUGAACACACGCAACAAGGGCCAGGAAGACAUGGAUGAUGAGCUUGACUAUAGCUUGUGCUUCCGCAUCCAAAAGAUGUUGGAGGCACACAAGCCAGAUUGGUGCGAGACCAGAGAGGACUGGUCGGUGUUUCUCUUCUCUCCACAGAACAAGUUUCGACAGAUUUGCCAGUCCAUCAUCGCUCAUAAGCUGUUUGAUUACGUGGUGCUGGCCUUCAUCUUUUCCAAUUGCAUCACAGUGGCUCUCGAAAGACCCAAGAUCCUCCAGGGCAGCUUGGAAAGGGUGUUUCUCACCAUAUCCAACUACAUCUUUACUGCCAUCUUUGUGGGCGAGAUGACACUCAAGGUGGUUUCCAUGGGCCUGUACAUGGGCGAGCAGGCUUACUUGCGGAGCAGCUGGAACAUUCUGGAUGGCUUCCUCGUUUUUGUGUCUUUGAUCGACAUUGUCGUGUCAAUGGCGGGCGGGGCGAAGAUCCUGGGUGUGCUCAGAGUGCUCCGUCUACUUAGGACGUUACGUCCUCUCAGGGUGAUCAGCAGAGCUCCAGGUUUGAAGCUGGUGGUGGAGACCCUCAUUACCUCUCUCAAACCCAUCGGCAACAUUGUCCUCAUCUGCUGUGCUUUCUUCAUCAUCUUUGGUAUCCUUGGCGUCCAGCUGUUCAAAGGCAAGUUCUUCUACUGCUUGGGGCCCGAUGUUAAAAACAUUACCAACAAAUCUGAUUGUCUACAAGCCAACUACAAGUGGGUUCACCACAAGUACAACUUUGACAAUUUGGGGCAGGCCCUGAUGUCCUUGUUUGUACUGGCCUCGAAGGACGGGUGGGUCAACAUCAUGUAUCACGGUCUGGAUGCUGUCGGCGUGGACCAACAGCCGGUGACCAACAACAACCCCUGGAUGCUGCUCUAUUUCAUCUCCUUCCUCCUCAUCGUCAGCUUCUUCGUCCUCAACAUGUUUGUCGGCGUGGUGGUGGAGAACUUUCACAAGUGCCGCCAGCACCAGGAGGUGGAGGAGGCCAAGAGGCGCGAGGAGAAACGCCAGCGGCGGAUGGAAAAAAAGAGGAGAAAAGCCCAAAAGCUCCCCUACUAUGCCAGCUACAGCAACGUGCGCCUGAUGAUCCACACGCUGUGCACAAACCACUACCUGGACCUCAUCAUCACCUUCAUUAUCUGCAUCAACGUCAUCACAAUGUCCCUCGAGCACUACAAUCAACCUCACUCUCUAGAUCUGGCCCUCAAAUACUGCAAUUAUUUCUUCACGUCCACUUUUGUGCUGGAAUCCAUUCUCAAGCUCAUUGCCUUCGGCUUCCGUCGCUUCUUCAAAGACAGGUGGAACCAACUCGACCUUGCCAUUGUGCUUCUGUCUGUGAUGGGCAUCACACUGGAGGAGAUCGAGAUCAGCGCUGCGCUGCCCAUCAACCCUACCAUCAUCAGGAUCAUGAGAGUACUGAGGAUCGCGCGAGUCCUGAAGCUGCUGAAGAUGGCGACAGGAAUGAGAGCCCUGUUGGACACGGUGGUCCAAGCCCUGCCUCAGGUGGGUAACCUGGGUCUGCUCUUCAUGCUACUGUUUUUCAUCUACGCCGCCUUAGGAGUAGAGCUUUUCGGAGAACUUGUUUGCAAUCAAGACUACCCGUGCGAGGGCAUGAGUCGUCACGCUACCUUUGAGAACUUUGGCAUGGCCUUCCUGACUUUGUUUCAAGUCUCGACGGGCGACAACUGGAAUGGCAUCAUGAAGGACACAUUGCGGGAGUGCCCACCAGAUCACGCCACUGAUGUGGAUUACACCUGCAAUCCCAGCCUUCAGUUUAUCUCGCCCAUGUACUUUGUCUCCUUCGUGCUCACCGCCCAGUUCGUGCUCAUCAAUGUGGUGGUGGCCGUGCUGAUGAAGCACCUGGACGACUCCAACAAGGAGGCCCAAGAGGAGGCGGAGAUGGAUGCAGAAAUUGAGCUGGAGCUGGCCCAGGGCACCCUCUGUUGCAUGGGCGCCCCCGGCUGCGGGAGCGCAGGGGCGGAGAAAGGCCCGGUCGCCGCCGCCGCCGCCGCCGCGUCGGCCCCCGUUGCCGACGGCCGCAGGAAGGAAGGAGCGGGAGGGAGGACGCGCACGACAGCCGGCGCACACGCCGUGCCGUACAACGCCGCUGACGUCAACCGGCCACUGUACUCGCCGGCGCACGAGGAGAGCCAGUGGUUGGACAGCGUAUCUCUCCUGAUCAAGGAUACAUUAGAAGGGGAGAUGCUGAUGAUCGACAAUCUCUCUGGUUCUGUCUUCCACCAUUACUCCUCCCCUCUACCCAUCUGUAAAGACCGCAGGGGCCACCCACAAGAGAUCAGGAUGGCUGAAAUCGAGCAGGCUUCGCUGAAGUCGGAGCAGCUCUCGGACAAGUCGUCUUCGCCCGCCCUCCCCGACGAGCUCAGCUUGGACGAGCACACGGCGUACCGGCUGCUUGCGCGAGAAAGCAAGGGAAAGCGCAGCAGCGGAUCCUGCAGCUCGGAAGAGGCAGCCGGCGGAGGAGGAAGUCAGCAGGUCCAGCAGACUGUUGUCCAGAGCCAGGUCCAAGGCCUCGGCCAUUUCUCCAGGACCCUCUGCAAAGUCGAGAUGGAAACUGCCAUGCAGGAUCUCGACAUGCAAACAAAUUCGCCAAAUAUGUGCUCGCCGUACUACAGCCCAGGCGCCGUUUCCGGCGUCGGCAACAAAGAGAGAAACACCGAGGGAAAAGAAGAAGCCCGCAGCGUCUCGCCGCUGCUCCCCCUGCCUGCCGAGUUCGUCCGCUCGACAGGAGCGGCCAUCCCGGCACCUCCCCGCAGCAGGAGCCUGAGGUUGUCCAGAGGCCUCAGGUUGACCUCCCCGGCUUCAUGGGCUGCUUUCCGUUCCCCCGAAGGCCAGAGCAAAAUGCUGUGUCGUCAGUAUCCGUCCCACAGCGAUUCGUCGCUCGCGACGGGCAGCUCCGAAGGCAGCCUCCAGACCACCCUGGAAGAAGGACUGAGCUUCAGCAUCUCCCCGCCGCAAAACGUGGACUUGCCAGCAGCUCCUUUACCGCACGAGUGCCCGCUCCGUGAAGCCAACGUCUGCAUUUCCUCCCCGGUCCAGACCCUGAGACCGAGACCCGGCCCCUCGUCGGCUCUAACCCUCCAGGCCACCGUUGGCCAACAGCGGAGCCAAAGCAGCGGGCGAGGUAGCACAAGCCCGGGUUUCACGCGGGAGGACUCCAUUGACCCUUCGGACGAGGACCUGGGCAUCGUCAUCGGCUCCUCCAUCGGCGGUUGUGGGUCCAGUCAAGCGGGCAACAGCGAACACUUGUCGGAGGCCAUGAGCAGCCUGUCGCUGACAUCGCUGCUGUCGCCCAGUACCCUCGCGUAUCCCGGCGGAGCAGCCGUCAAAAAGUGCAAUAGCACGGGAAGCCUGGACCAAGGGGGGAUGCUCCUGUCAUCCAGAGGAAGAGAGACCGACAGGGAGAUUCUUGGCCUGGAGCUUAUGGACCCCCAGGGGUUUUUGGCCAAUCCCUGGUCGGGGGUAUUAGCCGAAGCGACAAGAGGAGACGGUGAUGAAAUUGGAGACGGCUCACAAAGGUUCCGAGGGAAAAGCUCAAGCCAAACAACAGUGGGGCCUUUUCGCAAAAACAGAUGAAACCUACCGAGAACCUUUUUGUCGACGUUCCUUGGAUAUGAACCCUUCGAUGUCCCUCGCACUCUCUCUUCCCGCAAAUGAAAGAGAGUCUCCAUCGUAUUUCUCCGACCCGCAUCUCUAACCCCCUUUUGAACUCCUCUCUGUACAUUUGUGAUCCGCCGAAGACGCCGGCCUCAGUUUGGCUGCGGUGCGCCGGUGUGGUCGCGUAGAGGGUUCUAGGAGACGAAGCGGCGGUAGCCUGUUCAACCAGGGAAAUGCUCCUUAUCUCCAAACCGGGUUGCGUUCACCGAUGCUGAAAAUGCAGGAACGGAGGUAUCCAAACCCAAAUAGCUCCCCCGUGCCAACUGACACUGUUUUGCGAGGCAAGUUGGAAGGACGCUUUCAGGUAUCGGAAUAUACAUUAGCGUGGCUCAAGGAAGACGUGAGGGACAGAAACGUCAGGUCAUUUGUUUGGCACGAGGGGAAGGCAGAAAGCCGAUCCGAUCUCCCAUCUGUUCCGGCAGACGGAGACAACGGGUACCCGCUCGCUCUCUCUCACUCGAGCCCUUCUGCUGACAUCGCAGGAAAGUGUGAGGUGGAGAAGAGGUCACCAAACGCGGUCGGGUGGGCGUCUGAGGGAGCGCUGCCUCAGGGUAGCCAAAGGAUUGGAGCAAAUAGUUCUCAUCCAUUCAGCAGCAUUUUAGUUUUUUUCUUUCAAGGGAGGUGAGUCGUUUCAGAUUGCCAAGGCAUGACAUGACCCCGUCGUGUGAUUUGCUAUCGUUUUAUAUCAAGCGUCGCUCACGAGAUGGUUUGGACCCAAUAGCCAGAAGUGAGAUUUCAAGCACACUCCCUUUGACGGUACUUUGAAGAGUUUGAGAUGCAUUGACGAAACCGCAAAGUUUUGCAAGGGGGGGACUUUAACUCGCAUGACGGAAACGCAUUUAACGGAAUCCUACUUUUUACGUAUAUACAAACGUGUGUCCAGAUGUCCGUGUUGGGUGAUGACCGUGUGAUUUCAAUGCCACUAUUUUUUUGUAGAAAAGAGAAUAGUCGCAUGCAAAUCGCGGCCAUGACCUCGCUACGGUUCCAAGUCCGUUCCGAUGCAUCGCGUCGGUUUUUGUCCCACCAGUUGGCUUUUUUUUUUUUAAGUGUGCAAAACAGUGAAGCAAAAAAAAAAAAGGGGUUUUGAAAUUGCUUGAAUUUGUUACUUCCUUCAUAUCUUUUAACCAAACGGUGAGUCCUCCUUUUGAAUUGCAUGUGCUGAGUCAUAGCAGAUGGGAGCAGCCAUAUUGACUCAAGCAAAACGCUCCCGGCCAUAUUGUUUCGGUUUUGGGUUCGCAAUUCUGUGCCGUUUAUGUUUAUGAUUAAAAUGUCACCCGGAUUAACGAAUCUCUCCUGCGCGACCCAUCUGCUGUUGUAGCAAUGCGGCAUAACACUGAGCACAAGUCUCUUUUAAUGCAAAAUGACUUCGGGUGGGGGUGAGACGGGUAAGGGGGGGGGGGGGGGUUGCCACAUGCUGAAUCACUUCAAGCCUAAAAUGAGAUGCUGAACUUUAAGCCUGUUUUUUUAGAGCCCCGUUAUGUUAAAAUGACAAUUUUGAUUUGGAGUUUCUCCCACGUAACGAGGUGGCGUAAAAAUAAUCUGGGGUUUUUUUUCUUCUUCUUCUUCACCCCGACUUGUGCAAAAUCGCUCAUGGGUGUGCGUACCAGCGUGCAUGUUUGUUACACGACUUCAGGUGAGGUGACUGCAUUUUCCUGAUGUUUCUGUCAGUGAACUGUGUCAUGAUGACGAUGACGACGGUAAUGCCUGAGAGUUGAGGUGAAACGCGAAACAACCAAGGGCUGUUUGAGCUUGAAAGUUUUUGUCCUCCUGUCUUUUCUGAGACAAAUGUCAAUGAAUAUGGCAACAAAGGUUCAAGCCUGACUACACAGCAAUAAAUGUUCGAUGUGUAUGCCCUGA